AGAGAGUUCUAGUGCCACAACAAACUACAACUCUCAGGAUUCCCUAGCACUGAGCCAGGGCUGUUAAAGUGGUCUUAAACUAUUAUUUCUGCAGUGUGGAUUGGGCCUAAAGCUGGAAAGGGAGCUUCUUCCAGAGGAGUUUAUCACACAGAGGAACUUGGGAGCUUAUCCCGUGAAUAUCCCGGAAAAAUUGUUUCACUCCUGUUGAUUCUUCUGUCUGAGAGGGGAAGAUACGAGGAAAAAUAGGAGCUUAUGCCCAUCAUGGCCACUCCUGUAUCAGUUGCAGAUUUGAAAGAAGAAGCCCGCUGUCCUCUUUGCAAGUCCUAUUUGACAGAUCCAGUGCUGAUGGACUGUGGUCACAAUUUCUGCCGGGGCUGCAUCUCUGACUAUUAUGUCUCCUGGACAGAAGAAAAGGGGCCUUUGCAAUGUCCGGUUUGCCAUAAGCCGAUCCAGGAAGGGAAACUCCGUCCAAAUGAGCAGCUGGGCAGCAUGGUAGAAAAGCUCAGACAAAUUUCACCCUUAAAAUUAGAAAAGGACUGUCUGUGUACAAAACACAACGAAAAGCUAAACCUGUUCUGCGAGAAUGAUGAGGAACUAGUGUGUGUGAUUUGUGAACGAUCUCCAGAACAUGAAUCACAUACUGUGCAUCUUGCAGAAGAUGUAGUCCAAAAAUACAAGGUGCAGAUGUAUCGCCGCUUAGCAACACUGAGGGAGACGAAAGACAAUAUAAAGACGAUGCCAGCAGAUGCAGAAAAGGAAACCUUAGACUUGAUUAAGAGAAUAGAAACAGAGAAGGACAAGACUGUAACUGACUUCAAAAACCUACACGCAUUUCUGGAUGAGCAACAGAAAUUUCUGGUGACUCAAAUGCAAGAGCUGCAGAAGCAGAUGGCCAGAAAAAGAAGACAGUAUCUGGGCAGCCUCUCAGAAGAGGUUUCCUCCCAGAAAGGUUUAAUUAAGGAAAUGGAGGAGAGCUGUAAGAAGCCAGCUAUUGAAUUCCUUAUGGAUUUCAAAAAGAAUUUGCAGAGGUGUGACACAGCAUUUCAGGAUCUAGUCAGUUUUCCUCCUGCGCUGAAGUGGAAACUUAGCGAUUUCUGUGAUACAAAUCUUUUGCUAGAGAACAUUGCAGAGCAAUACAAAGAAACUCUGGUAUCUGGACUUCUGCUGCAAGAAGAAAACAUCACUCUGGACCCAGACACAGCUCAUCCCCAACUCAUUCUAUCUGAAAACGAUACAAGUGUAAGAAUGGGUGAAUUUUAUAAAAAUUUACCCAAAAAUCCUGAGAGGUUUGACGUGUGGCCUUUCGUUCUAGGAUGCGAGGGAUUCACAGGAGGCCGGCAUUUCUGGGAAGUGUCUGUGGGAAGUGAAGAAGCCUGGGGUAUAGGAGUUGCCAGAAACUCUGUGAGGAGAAAGGGUGAUAUAGACUUCAGUCCUGAGGGGGGUUUCUGGGCUGUGGGGAGGUGGGAAGGUAUCUAUACAGCCUACAAUCCCCCCUUUUAUAAUCUUCUGACCUUGCAUGGAGAGCCUAAAAGGAUACGAGUGCUCCUGAACUAUGAUGGUGGAUGGGUGACCUUCUUUGAUGCUGAUACAGGAGACUCUAUAUAUUCAUAUUCUGCAUCUUCAUUCUCUGGAGAGACCAUUUUCCCUUUCUUUUAUAUCUUUGGAAACGCCCAACUCAGCUUGACUGCCCCGACAGUUAACUCUGUAGCUCCGGUUGAUGUUAAUUAAUUGGUCAGAUUGACUAAUAGGAACAGGAAAAAGAAACAUUGGUCUGAGAUCCUUUUUGCAACUGUACAACAGGCUGCAAGUAACAAAACAACAGCAGAUAGACUAAAACAGAUUAUUCCUUUUUGUCUCUGCUGCUUUAGAAUUCCCAUUACAGUUCAUUUCAUUUCAUUAUUGGGCAUAUAUAAUAUCUGUUCUCAGAACAAAGGCAGAAUUCUGAAACUGAUGCUACAGUGUCCAUUGGAGUUUGUUUGCAUGAUAAUCAGAUGUCCAUAUUUUCAUUCAUUAGAGCAAGCCAGGGGAUGGUUUCGAAUGUUAGAGCUAUAUAUGGAGGGUGGGAUCCUCUUAGCAGUUUUGUGGUAAUCCCUUAUGGUUCCAGAAUGUGUUCAUAGGAAGUCUGGAGGUUGUUUGUUACUUGUGUCAUUGAGAUGACUUGGGAUACCUUGGCCAUGCAGGCCUCAAACCCCAAAUUAGCCAGCUAGUCUCUUUUCCUUGCAGCAGAUCUUGUUUCACCUUGGUACCCAGAGAGAAUGUGCUCUUACCGUGAUCUUCUCUGUCGCCAGCCAGAGGUGCAGACAUGAUCUCCUGAUUUUAUCCUGUAUUCAAGACCAAAUGCAGUUGAGUCUCUUUCGUUCACCAUAGUUCAUCCCUUUAAACUAACCUUUAGAUACUUAGAAAGCGUCAAGAAGUCUCCUAGUUUCCCAGAUGUCUCUGAGGGCUACUGUAGAAUCACACGGUGCUCUUUUCCGUAUGCUUUCAAAGUCACCCUGCUGGCCUCACUUCAUAUUUUUUCUAGUUCUAGAGGAAGAGAAGGAGCUGUCCUUAGGAAAAAAUGUACUUGGGAGUGAUAAGCCGUCACAGUGCAUUUAUGGAUCUUUUAAGGAAUAAAAAAUCUUUGCCACUGCUCAGCACUAGCACUUCAAAUACUUUCACUGAUCAGCUGCAGAGUCAGCAGCGGGUGUGAGACCUGGCAACUGCAAAUCGUGGCUUGACUACUAGGACCAGUCAAACCUCUUGAGCUUAACCUAGGUUUUGAGUUCCUUUUUCCUUUCUUUCUUCAUCCUUAACACCCCCAAGUUGUUAAUAUGCAAAACAAGCAAAAAACAAUUCCUAUAAACCGAAAAGCAAAAAACACACAUUCAUUGCUCCUGGUCUGGAAGCCCAAGGCACCAUCAUCUCUACAGUUAAAGAGACAUGUUUGCUUGCAGGAAAUGAGGAUUGUCCAGAGGGAGGCCCAAAACACACUGCAGAAAUAAUCCAGUUUGAGACCAUUUUAACUCUCCAGACUCAGUGCCAGGGAAAUCUGGGAACUGUAGUUUUUGUGAGACAUUUAGCCGCCUCUGUCAGAGAGCUCUGGUGCCACAAGAAACUACAGUUCCCAGAAUUCUGUGGCACUGAGCCAAGCCAGUUAAAGUGGUCUCAAAGUGGAUUGUUUCUGUAAUGUAUUUUGGCCUGGAGUUACAAUGGGAGAAGAUAAUCCCAAGGGGGGGGGGCAUUGAAGGUACCGAGCCCAAAGAAAUGUCUACUCCACAAGGAUGGGAGACUGUCACUGUAUUUCUGCUGUUAUUCUGUAAGAUGAUUUGUUGUUGUCAUUCCUUCAGCUCCAGUUGCUCAUUGUUCAAACUGUCUUUAUGUGCAACACAGCUAAGAAAUGCCUUGAAUUAAUAAAAUAGAGACUACUUUUCUCUUCUGUAUGUCCCAGUAAGAACUCUGUGGCUCUCCAAAUGUUGUUGGAUUGCAACUCCCAGCAUUCCUCACCUAUGGCUAGGGCUCCUGGAAAUUGCUAUCCAAAAAUGUGUGGAGGGCCAUAUGAAUCUCUUCCCUGAUGUAUCUGGGUAUUUUAAAACAUGUGUGCAGAUGUAUUGUUGUAUUAAAGGCUGCUGUUACUGUUA